AUAUAAGUGAUUUUAGAGAUGACACAACUUUCUACAAAUCUCAUACAAACCAACCAACCUUCAACGUAAAGAGAAAGCCCCCUUACAGCCACACAUCCGAUUCACUUCCCCACCGCCCACCGCCGGGAAUAUUUAUCUCCACUCUCUACAACCGUCAGUUCCUUUAAAUUCAAUGGAUACCAAUAAUGUAACACAGAAUGAAGGUGAUUGGAAAGCUAACUUGCGGCCUGGAGUGCGUGAAGGAGUACUUAGAAUAAUGUUAAAGCAACAUAUUCCUAUUGUUUCUGUUCAAGAGGAAUCAGAUGAAUUUCGAAAGAUUGUCCAAAAGAUUGAAGAGGAUAUUUUUUCUGUUGCAACAAGCAAGGCUCAAUAUCUAAGGGCAAUAGUUUGCAAGACUCGUCAAAUAACUAGAUGUCAGGACAUGUUGGAGCAUAUAAUCCAUGAAAUGCAAAAUGGAUUAGAUAUAUCUAAUUUCUAAUUGAAAUGUAAAUACAUGAAAUGUCACGUGUUUGUCUUCUUUGCUAUGUCACAAACCAACACAAGUAUUUGGAUUUUUCAUCAUUUUCAAACUUACCAUUUUCUAUUACAAAAAAACACAUUUAUAAGUGUUUUAAAUAAAUUUAAGUUUGAUUGAGAUCAGAGACGAUUCAAAUUUUGAAUUUAGUGUUUUUAUUAUUUUGUCUUCCUCCUUUGUUAUUGCUCGCGGAUACCCUUUCAAUUACUUUCUCUAUUAUGAUUUCAAUUUUUUAUUGGUUUUGUUUACUUUGAUUGAUUUGGAUCAAUUUUGUUUGUUUUGUUGGAUGAUCUUUAUAUUUGGUUGUUUCUCUUUUUGUUUGAUUUAGUUUUUCUCUUUGAUUGUUUUAUUGAAUUUACAUGGUUUUUCUCUUUGAUUGUUUUAUUGAAUUUACAUGGUGGUUCUCUUUGAUAGUUUCUCCUCGUUUCUAGUUUUUCCUCUUUUUGUUUGUCUGUGUUCAUCAGAUGUUACUCCUAUGAUUAUUUAUCUUUAGUGUUUUUUUUCCUUCCAUUUUUAGUCUGUUAAAUUGUUAGUUGUUUUGAUUUCUGAUUCAAUGUUUUUUUAUUGUGAGUUUGAAUUAGAUAUAUGUAGGAUAAUAUAAAAUAGAUUUUUUUGUUAUUAAUAAGAUAAGAGUAUUUUAAUUUAUUUGUACGGAUAUGUUAUGGUUGUUUUAGGAAACCUGUUCGCUUGAGGUGAGAGAUUGUGUAUAUUAACGUAGUGCUUUGGGUCUUAUGCGUAAGUUAUGAUUAGUGUUUUUCCCAUUAGGGGAGAAAUAUAUAUAGGGGCCCUAUGGGCCUAGAGUUUAGGAAACCUUGAGAGGUAGUAACCACUCCUUCUUUAUUAAGGAAGAUUGUUACUUUAGUUUACUUAUUUUUUAGGUGUUGGCUCUGUUUUCAAUAAUUUGGCUCAAAUUGGAAUUUCUUUGGGUGUAGAAGAUACAAGCAUAUUGCUUUCAGUCUUCAGUUUUUGCAAUUUUAUCGGCCGUCUCAGUGCUGGCGCUGUCUCUCGAUACUCUGUUAGGCACUUACUUCGCACUUACUUCGUUUAUGAUCUGAAUCAUGACAUGGUUGUGAAUGCCGUUAGCUUCUUACCAUAAUUUGAAUUAUCUUAUACUUGACGUGAGUAUAUAUUGACUAGGUUAUAUCACGACAGAUUAAAAACACUGUCUAGAACAUUUUGGAUGACAAUUACUCAAGUAAUUAUGAUCAUAGCAUUUUUGCUUUAUGCUUCAGCUCUAGAUGGAACUCUUUAUGCUGCAAUAGCUUUACUUGGAAUGUGCUAUGGAGUUCAGUAUUCUAUACUGGUUGCAACUGUUUAUGAAUUAGAAGCUUCAUGAUGUUAGGAAAUCCAAUUGGAGCUCUUCUUUUUUCUGUUUUCCUUGUGAGAAAUUUCUGAUAGAGAGGCUGCAAAACAAAUAAACUCCACUUGCUAUGGUGCCAAUGGCUUCAGAACCACUUUUCUGGUUUUGGCUGGUGUCUGUGAAAUUGGUACCAUUUUGAGUAUAAUUUAGACAGUUUGGUAUAUCAAAUACUGUACGCAAGCGGUUCGUUUUGUUUGUCACGUAUUGCAAAUCAAUGUGAUUGGACAAAAUUGUCUGCUAUUCUAAGCAUAUUUAACAACCACUCUAGGUACAAAGCUCACCAAAUUUCUGCAGCCACUAUUCAUUAACCAUACAGAGACUAUUCAAAUUUUGAAUUUAGUGUUUUUAUUAUUUCGUCUUCCUCCUUUGUUAUUGCUCGCGGAUACC